AUGAGUUCUUCUCACCGAUAUAUAAUUGUCCAUGCUGGUGGGAAGAGUGGAUUCGUCAACAAUGCACUGUUGAUGUUCAAAGCGAACAGCACAAGUGGCGACUAUCAUGGUCAAAUGAAUGCCAUUAAUUUUGAAAAGUGGAUGACUGAAAAACUUUUGCCGAAUAUCGCACCGAAUAGUGUUAUUGUGAUGGACAAUGCCCCAUAUCACUCUAUUCAAUUGAAUAGGCCACCAUCGAAGUAUGCAAGGAAGAGUGAUAUGAUGGACUGGCUUCUUCGGAAUAACGUACCGUAUUCCGAAGACAUGAAGAAAUAUGAAUUAGUGCACUUGAUAGAACAACAUAAAGGUCCAGAAAAAAUAUUUAAAGCGGAUGAAGUGCUGAAAUGCCAUGGACACAUCGUGCUGCGGUUACCACCGUACAUGUGCGAUUUAAAUCCGAUUGAGUUGGCCUGGGCACUAAUAAAACGGAGAAUUCGCGAAAGAAAUCCGUCAACUUUAGCAGUGGAUGAAUUGCUAGCGCUUGCGGAAGAAGCGGUAAAUCGGACAAGUGUUAGUGAGUGGGAAAAUUUUUGUCGCCACACAGAAGAUUUGGAAAAGAAGUAUUGGGAAAAAGACAAUUUGUUGGAGGAUGCCAUGGAUGAGGUACUAUCACAAAUUUUGGAUAAUUCCGAAGACAGCGAAGACAACAGCAGCUCCUCCGAAGAUGUGUAA